AUGGCGAGCGAUAUCGACAAAGGAAACUUCGGAGACAGUGCUAGAAACACCUCAAAAUUCGAUUUGAAAUGUAGAAACUCUAAUCAUAUUUUUAACGGGGCUGGUGAAAAUAUACAAUAUUUCAGUGAUUCAGAAUCAGUCACAUCGAGACAGAGCAAAACACGGUUCAUAAAUCCUGCUAUUUAUAUUGAGCCAGUUGAGUCUACGCAUUCCUUAACAUCUCUUCAGACUGAAUCUAGCCUAUCGGAAGUAACUCCUCAUCCGCACAGCAGUUAUAAGAGUAACUCCACUCCAUUCCUUAGUGGCCGAGAGUCAAGUUCAUCAAGCAGCAUUAAAAGGAAGUCUUGUAGAUUGACGGAUCCGGGAAAUUUAGAAGAAAUAACCAGAGAUGAAGAAACUCCACGGUUUGACCGCACAUAUCGUGAAGAUGGGCCUGAUACGUUCAGAUUAUCAGUGGUGUCUGCGUCUACUACAACAACUGCUAAAUUAGAAAGGGAGCGUAACGAGCAGAAGAAAAAUGAGGCCUAUAAACAAUGGGUAGCGCGGAAAGAUCAAGAGAGACGCGAAAAGGCUCGUCUUGAAAAAUCUAAGCAGCAGGUAAUGCCUACCACCUCAAAGGAACAGCGAGAGGAGUCAUAUCGACGAUGGCUUGAGAGAAAAAGACUUCAAAAGGAGCGGCAACGUGCUGAAGAGAUCAUGCGUAAAUAUCGAGCCAACGAGCUACUUGAGGAAGAGAGGAACAAAAGAGAGAGGGCAAAGGAAGAGAAACUUGCAUUGUGGAUACGAAAGAAGGAGGAAGACAUGAAAGCUAUGAAAACCAAAGAGGAGCGCAAGGCAGCACGAGCGGCUAUCGAAACUGAGCGGCGGCGAUCUAUGGGCGAGCAAGCAUACCGGGAUUGGCUGCGAACUAGUAAAAAUAAACCAUUGCCCGUGCCGCUCAAUCAAGGAGAACUUAGUAUGCGUGGAUCCGUGUCACAAAUGUAUAUAAACCCCGUACCUUGGCAGUAUCCCACAAGUGAAGAAUAUUAA